UUGGUUAUUAUAUUAAAAUGGCGCUUGUAGACCAAUAUAAAUAGGUCCAGUUCGUCCGUAAAACAAUUAGGUUGCUCAUUAAAAAAAGCUGAAAAUUACGAAUUGUCGUGUAUCCAAACAAAAAUAUGGAUAAAAAAAGGAUCAGUUUUCUUGAUUCAAUAUUUCGGCGUAAUGUUAGUCCUCAUCCAAGUAAAGAAGAUGAACACAAUGGGAUUGAGAGUCCACCAGAUAGUCUUUCAGAGCUUGAAUUCAGUCAAAAAUUUGAAGCAUUUCUUAAUGAAUUAAAUCUAAAUGAAGAAAAGAAGGCUCCGUUAAGAAACAAAUCUAUUGAGGAGAAGAAAAAGAUGCUUGAUAUUCAAGAUGAAAAGAAAAAAAUGCUCGAAAGUCAAGCAAAGAGUAGUAAACAAAAUAUCCUUAGAACACCAGAACAUUUUAUUGCAUCUCUUCAAGAUCCCAAUCUUAAAGGGGAAAAACGAUUGAAAGUUUUAGAAUCUGCACGAGUAUCUUUAUCAAGCAAUCCAGUCAGUUGGGCUAUAGAAUUUGGUUCAAAUGGUCUGAAUGAAAUCCUUCGAAAUCUUACUUAUUGUUGCGACCUCAAACAGGAGCGAAGGAGUACAUAUGAAUGUGUGAGAUGCUUGAAAGUUUUUAUGAAUAAUCAGGUUGGUUUGCUCAAAUUCAUCAAUCAUGAAGAAGCCUUAACAAUUUUAGCAAGAACCAUAGAUCCUUCUGAUGCAACUACAAUGUUAGAAGCUGUUAGGCUUAUAGCUGCCAUUUGCUUGGUAACACCAUCAGGUCAUGAUAAAGCUUUAGAAGGAAUUACCUCAUGUGCUGAAAUACGAUCACAGCCUAGAUUCCAGCCUAUUAUCAAGGGGCUUGAAAUGACAGACAACUUACCAAUGCAGGUUGCUUGUAUUCAGUUAGUCAAUGCCAUUGUGUCUACACCUGAUGAUUUAGAAUUCAGAAUACAUCUUAGAAAUGAAUUUAUAAGAACUGGUCUCAAUAACAUCUUAGAGAAAUUUGAUAAACAACCACAAGAAUUUGAAGAUUUGAAAACCCAAUUGCAUGUUUUCCACACACAAGCAGAGGAAGAUUCUGAAGAUUUUUUCCAAAGAUAUGAGAAUAUCAAAAUUGAAUUAUCGAAUAUUGAAGACUGCUAUGGUUUACUAAUGAAUAGUAUCAACAAUACUCCCAGCUCAACCUACUUUUUGUCAAUCCUGCAACAUUUUUUAUUGAUCAGAGAAGAAUCAUAUGUUAAACUUGAAUAUUUUAAAUUAAUUGAAGAAUGUGUGAGUCAGAUUAUUUUGCACAAACAUGGUAUGGAUCCUGAUUUCAGUUACACAAAACGAUUUGAACUGGAUAUUGAAGACUUGUUAGAGCAAAUAUCAAAUGAUAAAGUUGGUGAAGAUAAUGCAAAAAUUGAAGAAAUGAAUAAAAAGCUUGAAUUAGAACUGACUGCCCGGCAAGAAGCAGAGGCCAAGUUCUUAACACUACAAGAUAAAAUGAAAGAAUUAGAAACUGAAAAUAUCCAAAUGAAAGAAAAGAUUAAUUCAGGAAUUGGUGCUAUGAUUAACAAAACUAUUGGUGGGUCUGGUGGAAAUAUUCCCGUACCUCCUGCACCUCCCUUACCUGGUGGUCCUUCAGUCCCUCCUCCACCUCCACUACCCAACAUGGGUGCAAAUGUUCCACCUCCACCACCAUUACCUGGUGGUGCUCCAAGAGCUCCUCCCUUACCUGGCAGCAUACCCAGAGCACCACCUCCACCUGGUGCGCCCAGAGCACCACCUCCACCUGGUGCGCCCAGAGCACCACCUCCACCUGGUGCGCCAAGAGCACCACUUCCACCUGGAGCACCCAGAGCACCACUUCCUCCUGGCCUUCCUGGACUAGGUGUGAAGAAUGAAAAAACAUUACCAAGGCGGAAGAAAUACAAUGUUGAUGUGAAGAUAAAAAGAAUCAACUGGACACAAGUAAAUGUGAGAAACUUUCAUGAAAACUCAUUUUGGGCACAAAUCAAUGAAGAGAAAUUUGCUAAUGACAGACUCAUAGAUGAAAUCAGAAACAGAUUCAGUGUAAAAGCCCAGGAAUCUUGUCCAAUGGGAACAGAGAAAGCAGCUGUUAAAGAAAAACCAAUGAAGAAAACAAAAGAAUUAAAAGUUUUGGAUUUAAAAUCAGCACAAAAUUUAUCUAUAUUAUUAGGUUCUGUGAAACUACCUUAUGAAGAAAUCAAGAGGUGCAUACUAGAGGUUGACCUCGAUAAUCUUUCUCAACAUAUACUUGAACAACUUCUGAAUUAUCUACCACCACAAGAUGCUAUAAAUCAACUGGGUACCAUGAAAGAUAACUAUGAUGAACUAGCUGAAUCAGAACAAUUUAUGGUUGUGAUAUCAGAUAUCAAAUCUGUAAAUCAAAGAGUAUCAUCACUAUUAUUUCGAGUGAAGUAUGAAGAAAUCAUUAAUGACAUCAAGCCUAGUAUUGUAGCCACAACACAAGCAUUUGACCAAGUUAGAAGCAGUGCAAAGUUUUCCAGUAUAAUGACAUUGAUAUUAAGUAUUGGCAAUUAUAUGAAUACUGGGUCGAGAAAUGCUGAAUCAAUAGGUUUUGAAAUAUCUUACCUCAAUAAGUUGAAAGAUACUAAAACACAAGAUGGAUCCAUGACAUUAUUACAUUUUAUUGCACAAAUUGUACAAGAUGAUUAUCCAGAAUUAGAAAAGUUCGGAGAUGAUCUCACUUAUAUAGAGAAGGCAUCGAAAUCUUCUGAUGAUCAAUUACAAAAGAACUUGAAAGGCUUUAAAAAGAAUUUGAACCAACUGGAAUUAGAUUUAAAAAAUGCUGCUAAUUCAAAGCUUCAAGGAGAUAAAUUUGUAGAAAAACUUGAACCGUUCCUGGACGAAGCCAAAACUCAGUAUGAUGUGUUGAACACUAUGUAUAAACAGAUGGAUAUGAAAUACACAGAACUUGCAAAUUAUUUUUCUUUUGAUAGAAAAAAAUAUGCAUCUGAAGAAUUUUUUCAUGACGUAAAGGAAUUUCAAAGUAGCUUUGAUCAAGCUUUGAAGGAAAACAAGCAACAAAAAGAAACACUUGCAAACAUAGCACGAGCAAAAGAGGCUAAAGAAGCCCGAGAACGAGAACGAAAAGAAAAGUUGCAGCGGCAAAAGCAGUUUAUGGAUGUUAAUGCAGGUUUGUUUGAUGAACCAAAUCAUGGAGUUGUUGACAAUCUCUUGGAGGCACUAACGAGUGGUUCAGCUUUUAAUAUGAACCGAGAAAAGCGAGAAGGAAAACGACGAGCUCCACGCCCAGGAGACAGACCAUCUAUACUUUCAAGAUCCAGGCGUCAGGGUCGUUGUUCAGCUAUGGUUACUAAAAUAACUGAUACUGAGGUGCUGAGAGACGGGCUCACAUAAGACCCCGCGUCUGUAUGACCCGAGAAACAAGUGGCACGUCAGUUUGUUGAUACCUUAAGCAAUAAAAGAAUUUUGCCAUUUUAUAUAUUCCCUUUCUUCUGAGUAACGGAAACUGAUUAAAAAAACGAAAGAUAAUCAAGUCAUCCAAUGUAUAAAAAUACAUGUUAAUUUAAUCUUCUAAUUGUUCAUCUCAAAAGCAAAAGUUUUUAAAUGAAAUUAAUAAAUGUGAGGGAAUGCAGGGAAAAAAAUUCAGUCAUUUUUAUGAUUAAGUUUUUUCAUGUAUUUCUUAAGAAUUUUUAGUUUUUUUUUUUUUUUCAAUACCCCCACAAAGUCAUUCAUAAAACUCAGAAUAUAUAUCUGAUGUUUAUUUUGGCUUAAGUUUCUCUAGACACGUGACAUAAUGUAAAGUUUCACACAUCUGUGCUCAUGUCAAACUUUCAAAAAUAUACUGAAAUGCAAGUGUAAUUUGUAUGUCUAUCUGUGUGUGUAAAAGAAAUAGGCAAAGAGAUAUGAAUAAUUAUGGAUGUUAAAAUUAUAAUUCAAACUUUCAUUAAUCAUUGCAUUUUGGAAAUAAAAAAAAAAUAGGGACCAAUAUGAGAUGUAUGGAUGAGUUCCUGUCACAAUCUAAAAUUCUCCUUUGCAAUAUUUUAAUGCAUUUUUCACUCUAUAAGCCAAAUUUGUGCACUACCACUGCACACUCUUAUGUGAAUAAAACUUUAAGCAGACAAGGUUCAUAGCUUGUUCUGCUGCAACUUGAAAGUUUUAUUAUCAUUUAGUUAACUUCAUUAACAUUGAAAAUAGAUGUUGUGUCAAAGGUUGUUGUUUUCAAUGCUCGUUAGUUCCAGAUCAGCAUUGAUGAAGCAAAUUGGCUAUCAAAAUUGUUCCAGAUAUGACUAGCCUAAUUUGUUUUCUACAGUUUUUUAUGUUCAUAAACUUUUGCCAUUCAUCUCAUAAACAACAAAGCAGUGUAGAGCAUAAUUUUCAGUGCAUUGCUUUUGACCAAAGAUGAGCUUGCAUCAUCAUAUCUUUUUGGAAACUUUAACCAGCUUGUGGAAAAGUUGCAAGCUCUAUUAUGUAGAUACCAUUGAGAGAUUCAAAAUGUGAAGUGCAAGACUUUGGUAAGGUAAUGUAGGACUGUGAGGUCUGUCUAAACUAAGGUCAACAAAUACUUAUAUUUUUUUCAGACAUUGUUUAUAGAACUAUAUAUAUCCUUCCUUCUUUGCAAUGGCAGAAUGUGAUGUAUGAGAGAUUUGACUGCUGUUUCUUAAAGGUUGGUGGGUUCACUCUUCUAUGCUUAUGUAGAAAUUGCCUCAGUAGGUUGUAGAAGAUGACAUUGUUGGUAUAAUUAUUCCAUUUCAGAAUAACAGUAACUUAACUAAAAGAACUUUGUUCAAAGAGCAACAGCUUUUGCUGAUGUGAAAGAUAUAGUCACACAUACACAUGUGAUCCGUGCAAGAGUGGAAAAAUGAGAAUUAAAAUGAUGAUAAUGAUAUUCACAUGUCCAUACACACACAUAAAUAUAGAUAUAAUUGUGUGCAGAUGAGCGUGUGUGUGUUUAUAUAUAUAUAUAUAUAUAUAUAUAUAUAUGUGUGUGUGUGUGUGUAUAAACUUUUUUGUUCUCCAUUUUUUUCCUUUCAACCCUUUCUGUUAAAGAGCAUAGGCUCAAAAUGUCAAAGAUUUUUGCAUUCUUUUCAAGCAUCAAUCUAAUACACCUGCAUGUUGUUUUGUCACUUGUUUUUGUCUUUUGUUUUCUGCAGAGUAGUUGAUGUUUGGAAGGGCAUCCAGCCAUAAAAUCCCUGCCAAAACAGAUACAGUAGCCCAGAGUAGUCUUCUACCUGGCUGGCUCCUGUCAACCGUCCUACCCAUGCAUGCAUGGAAAAUGGAUGUUAAAUGAUGAUGAUGUAUACACACACACACUGAUUUGCUUAAUAGAAAUGAGGGAAGAAUAAAUCAGUAAAUGCUGCAGAGUAUACAGUUUAUGUAAAAUGAAUGUUUCUCUUGGGAUCUUCAGGUGAAAUCUUCAUUGAAUAAAUAAUGGUAUAAUCAGCUAAAACUAAAAUGUUAUUUUGAAAAGCUGCAAUGCAAAACUUGAUAUAAACAUCUUGAAAACUCAGCUCUUUUUAUUAUUGUUAUUUUAUUGUAACUAUGCUUUAUGUAUUAAGUGUCCUUGCUGUAUAUUAACAAGGAGAUAUCUUUUGUCUUUUACUUUUUUCAUUCAUUGGACUGUUGCCAUGCUGGGGCACAACCUUAACUCCAGCACUUAUUUUUUUAAGUCAGGUACUUUUUCUUUCAAUAUCUUUUUUGAACCACUAAGUUAUGGGGGCACAAGCAAAUGAACAUUGGUUGUCAAGCAGUUGAUGGAGGCAAACAGACAUAUAUAUUUUACAGCUUCCACACAGUUUCUGUCUACAAAGAUGACCCAGAAGGCAUUAGUCAGCCUAAAGCUAUAGUUGAAGACACUUGCUCAUGUUGCUGUGCCAUGGGCUGAACCCAAAACCAUGUAGUUGUAAAACAAGCUCCUUAACUGCAAAGCCAUACCUGCACACACACACACACACAUAUGUAUAUAUACAUAUAUAUGCAUAUUAAUGUAUUAUUAAUGUGUGCAUGUAUAUAUGUAGGUAUGUGUAUUUAUUCUUUUGCUUGUUUCAGUCAUUGAACUGUAGCUGUACUUUAGCAUCUCUUCAAAGGGUUCAGUCUAAGCCUGGUAUGUUUUCUGCCAGUUUCUUUCUGUCAAAUUUUUAUUACGACAUAAGCAAACACUGGUUAUCAAGUGGUGAGAAACAAACGUGCACACACACACACGCAUACACACACACACACAUGAUGAGCUUCCAUAGUUUCUAUCUGCCAGAUGCACUUGUAAAGUAUUGGUUGACCUGAGACCCUAGUAAAAGAAGAAAACUUCUUAACACAUAGCAAUACCUUUGUGUGAUUGAGAACUGAGGCUGUAUUUCUGGGUUCAAUCGAACCAUGAACAAAGAAGAUUUCUUAACCUUACACCCAUGCCCACACCUAAGUUUUGUGAAGAUAGUCUCAAAAACGAAUUUAGCAUUCAAAGCAUGAAGUAAAAGACAAUCAUGCAGAUAUUAACUUUUAAUGCUCAUUUUUGCUGAAUUACUAUGAUAAAAAAUAGACAAAAUAUUGGAAUGAACUAGGUCAAUCAGGUCUCUCAUAAUACAUAAAUUAUGUAAAUACUGUAUUUUAUACAUGAAGUCUUAGCAUGCAAAAAUUGAUACAAAAUGAAUUUGAGCAAAACUAUAAUUGUUAUGUCUGAUACAGUGAUGUAUGGCAAAUCAAGGGUAACUACUGUCUAAUGUGUAUGAAAAAUGAAUUUGACUUCAAUGAACUAAUACUGUAUUAACUUAAGGUGAAUGAAAACAUUGAAUUUGCUCUGGCAUUUACCAUAUAGCAUUUAAUCUAGCUCUCUAUUAUUUGCACUAACUAUACCAUCCUCAUGCAUAAAUUGUUACAAGUGAGAGAUAUACACUUAUCUAUUCUAGAUAUUGUAUCUUAUAUCUAAUAAGGAGAAUGAAGAAUUUGAACAUUCAAACUUUAUGUUCAUUUCCAGUUAGCUUAUUCAUAAUAAUUGUCUGACACGUGUUUCAGUUGUACUAAUUGCAUAUUGUUGCAUAUUUAUAUGCAGCAGCAUAUAGAUAUAUGCACACACUCACAGAGUCUGAAGUUUUGACUGAUGUGACCCAAAAAUGUGAAAAUGACAACCAUUCAGUUGCUAAACUCACAGGGAUUUUGUAUUAUUGCUAUUUCAAAAUAAUUUUAAAAUUGUCCUGAAAUAUAUUCUUAGAUAAAACUCUCUCAUAUCCUCUGUGGUGUGUUACAUAUUUUCUUCAUUUUUACAAAUAUUGCAACUCCUAAGAUUUAAAGACAUUGAGUUAGAUAACGAUUGAUGAUUAUUGAAGUAAGAAAAAAUUAUAUACUGAUCUUGUGUGAGUUACAUGCACCACUGAUACUGGUAUUAUCAUUGGAAAAUGUUUAACUAUAAUAUAAUUUAAUUCACCUCCCCUGUAAAUUUUCAACCUCUGUACAGUAAACCACCAAACUAUGAAUCAAAGAGGGAAACCUCUAUACUAUUCCUAGAAAAAGCAGUCAAAUUUCCUUUAAAAAUAUUUCUUUUCUUUUGUUAACUUGCUACAAAUUGAUCAGAACUUGAUCACUGAUGAGAUUAUCUAUCUUCAAUUUACAAGAAUUAAUAAUAAUUAUAAUAAUGGUUUCACAUUUUGUUACAAUGCCCAGAAAUUUGGGGGAGGAGAUAAGUUAAUUGCAUCAACCCCAGUGCUCAGCUGGUAUUUAUUUUAUAUUGACCCUGAAAGAAUGAAAGGGCCUGGGAUUUAUUUUAUAUUGCCCCUGAAAGAAUGAAAGGCAAAGUCAACUCAGGUGGAACUUGAAAUCAGCACAUAAAGACAGAUGAAAUGUCAAACACGAUUAGAAGAGCACAGCCUGUAGUAAAACAGAUUGACUUUAUUUAUUGAACAAUAUUUCAACAGCACAUCUGUCUUCCUCAGAUUCAAAAUGAGUCAAGAAUGAUGAAAAAUUAUGAUACACAAAUAUUUAGCUGGACUAUAUAUACUAUGCUUCUUCCUAGACACAAAAAGACUUCAAGUUUCAUUUGUCCAUAACUGGUUUAAACAAGAAAAAAGUAAAAAAAAGGAAAGAACUGUUAUCAAAUGUUUUGUAUAAGUCUAAUGGAAUUCUGUAAUUUUGUUCAUCCCCUUAGAAUAUGACACAAAUAACUCACAAAUAUAUUUAUCUUCACAUGUUUUGAGGAUUGAAAGUUUGGUAGAGACAGAAUAUUUUCUAGGAAUGUGUAAUUUAAGUUGUUCAUUAAAGUUACAAUCGUUUGUAGUGACAUGCUCAGCAAGUUCCAUCGAAACAGUGUUAUAGUUCCUGACAUUAUAUUUAUGGCCAUUUUUUUUUUUUUUAUGUGCAGCCAACAAGAUUUUUAACUUGAGGAAGAGACAUAGUGUUGAAAUAUUGUUCUAAAAACAUAGUAAAGCUGUAUUUUGUUACACCUCAUGCUCUUCUAAUUGUGUAUUUACCUUCGUAAAGAAUUAAAUGAAUCUUCGUAAAUAACAAUAAGAAGAGUACGAUGUGAUUUGUAAUAGAGAUUGUUUAUUUACCUUCAUGAAGAGUUACAUCAAUCUUUAUAAAUUAUCAAAAUCUAUAGAUGAUGAUAAUAACAGAUUCAAAUUUUGGCACAAGGUCAGUAAUUUUAGGGGAUAUAGUAAGUUUAUUACAUUGACCCCAAUGCUUAAAUGGUACUUAUUUUAUCAAUCCCAAGAUGAACAGCAACGUCAACCUCUGGAAACUGAACUCAGAAUGUAAAGCUAGAAGAGAAGCCACUAAGCAUUUUGUCCAAUGUGCUGAUUGUGCCUGCUCACUGCCAUGCUGAUAAUGAUAGUUUGAAUUCUGUGAAAUAUUUUCGUUAAAAAAAUCUCUUUCCACCUACAAAGCAAUAUAAUGUUUAAUAGAUUCAUAAUAACAUUUCUCCUCUUCAAUCCAUAAAUUCUUUUUACUAUCCAUUUUACCAUCUGCCAUUAUCUUAUAAUAUGUAGUGAAGUGCCAGUUGUUUUCCAUAAUAACAUUGAUUUGUGUUUCUUAGCUGGUUCAAAUUGGUGUUUUACUGAUGUUUUUAGAGCAGAAACUGAAAAUUGUGAUGUAUUGCUGUGUGUUAGACUACUACAAGUUCUUGAAUUCUGAUGAUUAUUAUUGAUUAAUGAUAGUUAACUUUUCAUGUUACCUAAGACUUGUAUAUGAGCAACUGUCUUGAGCAAAUUGUUUAUAUUUGCAUGUAGAUACAUACAUUAUGCUCCUCUAUCUGUGUUAUGAAUUGACUUUUUUUUUUCAUUUCUGCCUAAAAAUGAUAGAAAAGUAAAAGGCAAAAAUUUCCAAGAUUUUUGCUCCGAUGUUAUAUUUCCUCCAUGCAGUUACUUUAACACUAGAGGUAUGGAUGAAUCUAAGUGUGUUAUUAUGUCCUACAAUUUAAAUGUUUUAUAUUGUCACUUCAUAUCAUACCAGAUAUUUUGUAUAUGAAUAAACCUUGUUUUAUAUUUGAUCA